UGUUGUUGAGUGCCAGGUUCAGUGCCCGGCAGGUGGCUGCCCAGAUCCUGCCAGUUUACAGUGAGGAGGGGCAGGAGGGGAUCUGCUGGGCUGAACUGGGCUCAUCCGGUUAUAUUGCUUCUUGCUCAGAGAUGCGCCGUACCACAUGGGUUCACAUGACCAGAGCAGUGUGAGGGGUGAGUAACAGUUGGUCCAGAGGUCAGAAGAGGUCACAGGCAGCACGGCGCUGAAUGUCCGUGACAGCUUCAUGGGCCUGAAGGACCAUCUGGAUGAUGCAGGCCACAUCCUCGACCUGGGACUGGAUCUGGACUACCUCCAUGUGAAGGCUGUAGACCAACAGGCCGGUGCAGAUGCUCUUUCCACAAUGGACAGGGGCUCAUUGGACGCCAGCAAAGAAGGAGCGCCCAGCUCUGGGAGAUGUCCUUCUUCGUCCAGAGGAGACUCCGAGGACAGCUGUGGAUCUGAUGCUGAGGUGGAGCGGGGUUGCACUCUCACUCCAAGCGAUGCAUCAGCUCGAGCCGUGCAUCCACCUCUUUGCCGCUCUCCAUGUCUGGAUCUGGAUUCCCAAGGGCUUCUGGAAGUGACGCAGGAUAAUCCAAACACUGAAAAUUCUCUAAGAGAGUACCAGACCAAGCUGGAGUUCGCUCUGAAGCUGGGUUAUGCUGAGGACUUGGUCCGAUUGGUAUUAAGCAAGCUCGGGUCAAACGCGCUGAUCAACGACAUCCUAGGGGAGCUGGUGAAACUCGGCAGCAAGUCAGACAGCGACAGUGGCGUGGCGUCAUCAUCUACUUCCACUUCUUCAUCUUUAGCGUCUUCCGGGUCAUCGUCUUCUUCGGCAUGUAGCUUCUCAGACUCUAUCGAUUCACGGUGUUCGGAGUCACCAUCACAGUCAAUACUGGAUGACAAGGAUAACCUGCGCCCCAUAGUUGUGGAUGGAAGCAAUGUAGCCAUGAGCCAUGGCAACAAGGAGGUGUUUUCUUGCCAAGGUAUUCAGCUUGCAGUGGACUGGUUCCUUGAACGUGGCCACAAAGACAUCACAGUGUUCGUACCAGCGUGGAGGAAAGAGCAGUCCCGACCUGAUGCUCUCAUUACAGAUCAAGAGAUCCUGAGGCGACUGGAAAAGGACAAGAUCCUGGUUUUCACACCAUCUCGCCGGGUCCAGGGGCGUAGGGUGGUGUGCUAUGAUGACCGCUUCAUUGUCAAGUUGGCUUACGAAUCAGACGGCAUUAUUGUCUCCAACGACAACUACAGGGAUUUGGCCGUGGAAAAACCUGAAUGGAAAAAGUUUAUUGACGAAAGACUUCUCAUGUACUCAUUUGUCAAUGAUAAGUUCAUGCCUCCUGAUGAUCCUCUUGGUCGCCAUGGUCCCAGCCUUGAGAACUUUCUGAGAAAAAGGCCUAUAAUCCCAGAACACAAAAAACAGCCUUGUCCAUAUGGAAAGAAGUGCACUUAUGGUCACAAGUGCAAGUUCUACCACCCAGAGCGUGGCACUCAGCCCCAGCGUGCCGUAGCCGACGAGCUCCGCGCGAGUGCCAAGACUUCUGCAGCCAAAGGCACAACUGAGUCCGGCCUAGUGAAAAGCCACAGUGUUCCUGGAGGCUCACGCAACGAUAAAAUCGGUGACGGAAAGCGUUCACACUCAAAGCGGCAGUCUGACUCCAGUGUCCGGACCCUUUCAUAUGGUGACGUAGAGGACAAGCUGACCUCCAAAACCAAAGCAGAGCCCCAAAACAGCAGCAUGAUACUACCCCCUGCCCCAGGUGGUCCCCCUUCCUGCCACACUCACACACACGACCAGCGAGAACAACUGGCAUGCUUUUCUAAAACCCACGCAGUGCCAGCUUUCCCUCAAACAGACUCGUAUCCCACCUGCGAGUCUCCAGACCUCAGCUACUACUCUCUUGUCCGCGGAUACUCUGGUCUCAGCUUGUCCACCCAGAGGAGCCCAGAGCGUCCUUUCCUGUCCGACAUGGAUGCACGGCUCAGUUCCGUGGCAUCUGACUGCAGCAGCGAGGGCAGCGCUAGCUCUGAUUCCUAUGGCACGGUGCCCCCUGGUGAGCGCUCCUGCAUGAGCUCGCCUGACUCGCUUUUGGACGACGGGCUCAAGUGUCAUCAUUACCACCACCUCCAUCACCACCGCCGACAAUACCCACUGCCCAUGGUCCUGCCCACUCCACCACACCAUCACCACCAGAGCCGGGUGCUUUCCCCAGUACCAUCAUCUCACCCAGGGUACCAUCACGGGAUUGCCCGUGGACACAGCUUCACGCAAGAUGACCAGCCUCCGGAUCCCCACUUUAAGCACUCAGUGUCCUAUAUUGGCCCUCAAGUCCAGCACCAGAUAAUUGGUGCCAGAUCCAGUUGUCCUGGAGAAUACCCUCCUCAGAGCUCCCCACUAAGUCGAGGGCUAGCAUCCACCCGUCUUGACAGCGUGUCCGACUCCAGGCUCUACGAGAGAUCACCCCUGUUAGCCAGAAAGCCUUUCCCGGACCAGGAUAGGAUGGCCAGCUGGGAGCCGUACUAUCAGCAGCCCUGCUACGAACCCUUCACUUUUCAGAGCCUUCCAGAAAACAGGCAGCAAGCAUGGCCUUGGGGACAAAACCCUCUUCAUCCUUCAUCACCUCAUUCAUCCCAUACUCCCCACCAGCACCAGGAAUCACCUGCCCUUGGUCGGUACCAGGAAUUGCGCGAGAAAGUGUUCGUCAACCUGUGCAACAUCUUCCCAACUGAGCUUGUGCGCCUGGUCAUGGGCCGGUACCCUCACAUUACCGAUGCCCAGCAGCUGGCAGCCGCUAUCUUGGCUGAGAAGAGCCAGAGUGGAUACUGACAUCCUUUGCAAAUGAUUGGAUCUGUAGCAAAUAUUUUGAGCUUAAUUAUCGUGUGCGUUUCCUGCGGAUUAAAUAGGGCGUCUACUUGGGAUAUUUCAGACCUUGAAAGGUUAUACAGUGCUUCCGUUUGGAGGUUUUACAAGGUUUUUAUGGAAACCUGUAAACAUGGUCUUUUUGAGGAUGUCAUGUGAUACCUGGGUUUCCUUCAUCUGUCGGGUUGAGUUUAUUUUAUUUUUAAUUUCCAGCAGUGGAGCCAUAACUGCUAGUAGCAUUUUGUCUACCUGAAGUGUGAAUGUGGGAAUGUGUGUGACAUUAUUUAUUGUAGUCUUUUCUAUUUCCAGCAAGUUUUUUUUGUUUGCUUUCUGUUUAUUGUUUAUAGUUUGGUUCAGGUGAGCAUGUACUGAUUCACAAGGCACUUUUACAUUGCUGUUUAUCAAAUGUAACGUUUGAUAACUUAUGUCAAUCAAACAAGAGCUGAUGGAAGGCGGAUGAUUUGUAGGAGAAAUUAAAAAUAAAUAAUAAUGAUAAUGAUAAUAAUAAUAAUAAACGAAGCGACCAGAUAAAGGGCAAGUAAAGGGCAGGACCCUGUCGGCUUUUUCUUGUGAUCAAGAAAAACAGUUUGCUUCUUGAGCGAAAGAACGAAAUAUUUGGUUAAAUCGCUUCCCCACAAUAUCUGGCCUUUCAUACUCCUUGUGAUAUAAUGCCUACUCUCACUUGAAAAUUGUUUGUUUUUGGUUUUA